AUGGUCAUCAUCCGCGCACCCGGGGCAAGGGUCCUCGACGUCUCUGCUGGCGGUGCGCUCAACAAGUGGCAGCAGCAGCAACGGCGCCUGGUGGAGGACGAGGUGGCGCCCGAGUUCGGCGGCCUGCUCGGGACGGGAAACGGCGGCAGCAUCUCCGACGGUGCCUUGAACAAGGACCGGCAAAAUUGCCUGCCGUCCGGCCAGUGCACCAAGCCAGGAGGGUCCUACACCCGGGGGUGCACGUUCAAGGACCACUGCCCCCACACCCCCACUGCCGCCGGGCACGCACGCGCCGUGCAUGGGUGA